AUGAAGUCCAUCGCCCUCACCGCCACCCUCUCCAUCGCCAUGACCGGCUCCUCCCUCGCCGUGCCCAUGAUGGCCGCCAACCAAAUGUCCCAGGGCCACGCCGUCGCUCACAUCAACGCCGAAUCCCUCAAGAACAACCUCGAGAUGGCCAAAGCCAACACCAUGGAGGCCGCCGAGAACAUGACCAACAUGGACAUGCGCCAACGCAGCAAGCGCCAAACCCCGCCCAACACAGCCGGUACCCUCGCUCUCCCUCCUUCCUCCGGCGCUGUCCCCUCCGUCACACUCACCGAUCUCGACCGAGUCGUCUCCUCCAUUGGCGUCAUCGUCAAGGGCGCCCAGGACGACCUCAAGAAGAUCGAUAUCAAGGAUCCCCAGGGCAUCAGCGGCCUUCUUGUGCAGCUUCUGGGAAAUACUACUAAGGCUAUCCAGCAGGGGACUACCCGCGUCAAGGCCAACAACAAGGCUAUGAUCUACCCCGGCUGGGGCGUCGCUGGCGGUGGUCUCGGUGGUCUCGGAGGACUUGAUGCUCUCGGUGGUUUGACCGGCGGCGGUCUUAGCGGACUACCUGCUCUUGGUGGACUUACUGGUUUUACCGGUCUCCUGACUAGCUUUUUGAGCACUGUUACUGGCCCGCUUGGUGGUGGUGCUGGGUCCGGCAGCGGCACUGUUGGCGGCAUUAAGCUCGGUAGCCUCACCGACUUGGCUAACCUUAGCAACCUCCUUGGUGGCUUGACUGGUGGUGGUCUCACUGCUCUGCCGCUUGGUGAUCUGAGCGGCCUCACUGGUAUCCUCACCCCUGAGCUGCUCGAGCAGUUGUUUGGUAGCGUUUCUUCAGGCCAGCCUUUGAGCCUUGUCAGGGACUUGGUCUCGGCUGUGUUGGACUUGGUCUCGGCUGUGUUGGACUUGGUCACGUCGCUCCUUGGUGGCUUGACUGGUGGUGCCAUCAGCGGUGGCAUCGGUGGGGGUGUCACUGUUACCACCCCUUAA